AUGUCGAAACGCGACAUCGUCCUCACCAAUGUCACCGUCGUCCAGCUGCUGCGACAACCGUGCCCAUUGACCAGAGCACCGCCCCCACCCGAGCCCAAGGUUGAGGCAGCACCGGAGCCCAAACCCGAGCCCAAACAGGAGCCCAAGCCAGUCAAGGAGGAAGCCCCGCCUCCUCCAUCCAAGAAGGUUUCUGUGCUUCAGGAGCUGACCGUAGGCAUCAGUGGAUUUGGACGCAUCGGUCGCCUGGUGCUUCGUGCCUGCAUGGAGAAGGGCGUUAAGGUGGUGGCAGUGAAUGAUCCGUUCAUUGACCCAGAAUACAUGGUGUACAUGUUUAAGUAUGACUCCACCCACGGCCGAUACAAGGGGAGUGUGGAGUACAAGAACGGACAGCUGGUCGUGGAUAACCGCGAGAUCCGUGUCUUCCAGUGCAAGGAGCCCAGAGACAUCCCCUGGAGGUCCGUCGGGAGCCCCUUUGUGGUGGAGUCCACAGGCGUGUACCUGUCCUUACAGGAAACUUCGAGCCACAUUGAGGCAGGCGCCCAACGUGUGGUCAUCUGCGCGCCCUCACCGGAUGCACCCAUGUUCGUCAUAGGGGUGAACGAAAAGGACUACAACCCUGGCUCUAUGAAAAUUGUCAGCAAUGCAUCCUGCACCACCAACUGCCUGGCCCCCCUCGCCAAGGUCAUCCAUGAGCGAUUUGGGAUCGUGGAAGGGCUGAUGACCACAGUCCAUUCCUACACUGCCACCCAGAAGACGGUGGACGGGCCAUCAAAGAAGGCCUGGCGAGACGGACGGGGCGCCCACCAGAACAUCAUCCCAGCCUCCACAGGGGCUGCCAAGGCUGUGGGCAAAGUCAUCCCAGACCUCAAAGGGAAGCUGACGGGAAUGGCAUUCCGGGUACCAACCCCAGACGUGUCUGUUGUGGACCUGACCUGCCGCCUGGUCCAGCCUACCCCAUACUCAGCCAUCAAGGAGGCCAUAAAAGCAGCAGCCAAGGGGCCCCUGGCUGGCAUCCUUGCCUACACCGAGGAUGAGGUCGUCUCCACGGACUUUGUCGGCGAUAGCCACUCGUCCAUCUUCGACGCUAACGCCAGCAUCGCGCUCAACGACAACUUCGUGAAGCUCAUCUCCUGGUACGACAACGAAUACGGCUACAGUCACCGCGUGGUGGACCUCCUCCGCUACAUGUUCAGCCGAGACAAGUGA